AGAAGCUGGAAGGUUCCGGCAUCCUUGUGGUCAUUGGAGGGCACGAUUCUCCUUCUCCCCGAGGAGUCGGAUAUUCUAAAAAUCAAGCCAUAGCACAGAGCUCAGGAUCUUACCUUUGCUUUUUGGAUUCGCUCAUUCAUUCGUCUGCUGUACAACAUUCCACUGGGCAAACACACUGCGUGUAUUCACCCAUAUGCUCCUACUGAAGGGCACCCGGACUGCUUCCACGCUCUUGCCCUUGUGAAUAGCUGCUGUGGACGUUCUUGCACGCACCCCCUGUUGUACACGUAUGAGAGUUCCUCUUGUAUUCACACCCAGAAGUGAGCGUCCAGGACUCAGGGGAUGAGCGGGUUCGUCUGUGAGAGAGGAGCUGUGCUGCUGUCAUGUGGCUGGAGACGUCCAUCCCUUCUGGCAGGUCAUUGUGGGUCCCGAGCCUCCCCAGCACUGGGUGUCCUCAGGCUCUUAAAUCUUGUCCAGCAGGUGGGAGCAGAGUGGAGCCCCUCUGUGCUUUGAUUUGUGCCCCCUGAUCUCGAGCUGUGGUCAGCCUCACUCCACGUCAGUUGGCCAUGUGAGUUUCCUCUUUUCGUGACACGUGUUUACAUCUUUUUGCCCAUUUUCCUUUUUCCAACUUUGAGAAGAGUGGCAGGGAUAGUACCAAAAACUCUGUUUUGAAGGCCAGCAUUGCACCCAUCAGCCCGGAGUACUUCCGUGUGUGUUUCCUGUAAAGAAGAACGUCUCCUCCGACCCAGAGCAGGAACGUCUCGCCGACAGGUGGCUGAUACUAGUGCCCACCUCAUUCACGUUUCAUCCAAGGGCCCCAGAACCCAUGUUGCCUUUACCUGGGAGUCUUUCAUCUCCUCCUCUGGAGCAUUCCACAGCACCUCCCUGACUUUCUUCAUCUUGAUGUUUUCGAAGAUUCCCAGGCACUUUUGUAGAAUGCCCUUAAAACUGAGUAACGGUGUUGGGCCAAGUGUCUCUGUCCAGAAAUCUCAGAAGGGGUGCUGCCUUCUCCUCACUGUCUCCUUGGGUGCCUGUGAUUUUGAUUUGCCCCAACCCUGACGAUGCCCUCUGGUCACUUGAUGAAGGAGGCGUUCCCUGUCUGGGAACGGAGUGUGAGGAUGGUGGCAGGGUCUGCGGGGAACAGGCCUUGGCCCCUGAGUGUGUACUUGUGGGAAGAAGAUGGCUGUGGUCUCCAGUGAAGGCUGGGUGCGAGUGUGCCCGCUGUGUUCCGUCUCAGCACGGGAGUGAUGCCAGCGCUGCACAACCACAGAUGGUGCAUCAGAAUGGACCAUUUCUGCAUGAAGAAUGGGUUCAUGAGGCCCCUUUGCUGGGGCAUCGAGGUUGCAUUUUGACUUGUUAGCCACCUGGGAUGCAGUCUGGUGCCCGUGUUUGGAUUCAGAACACAUUUCACUAGGAGUGACAACAUCAGGGGAGACCAGCUCCCAUGCUGCUCCUGGGACUGGAGUUCAUUCAUUCAGCAAAUCGGUACCUGGAUGUGCCAGGUUCAGCAGCGGGUGCAAGGGAUACAGCAGCGAACAGACAGAUGGAGACAGCGAAAGCCAGAGCUCAGGUGACUUCAGGCCCUGUGCCUCUGCUGCCUCCUUAGCCUCCCCUGAGAGCGGCCGCUUCACCUCCUGCAGCCCACGCCCUCGGGCCCUGCCCUUUCUCUCUCUCAUGCACCUGCCUUACCCAACACACCAUCCCCUCCGGCUUCUCAGUGAUGCUUUCACCCCUCUGUGCAGUGGUGGGGCCUGCCUGCGCCUGGGAUUUCCCACCCCCAGCACUUCAGAUCUGCACACGGCAUUUAUCACCUUCAAUACUGCGUUCUUUAUUAUCGUCAUUGUCUGCCUUCCCUGAUAGAAUGCCAGCUGCACACAGGAGGGAAUAGGCCCUGUUUUAUCACUGAUGUUUCUGAAGCACCUGGAACUUGGCAAAUAGACGACGUGAUGAUGCCUCAGAGGGUGAGGCUGCAACACGCAGCUGCUGUGCGCCACCCAACAAGUAUCAUCGGUUGCCAAGUGAGGAGGGAGCCCCCCAACUCCACCGAGCGAUACACGCGGUGGAUCAACCAUCUGGCGCCCGACCAGCUGCUCACCCAGGUGUUUACCUCCAAUGGCCCCACCGUGAUCAUGCCCACCUGGUUCUGCUCCCGAGCCUGGUUCUCCCACGUGGGCCCAUUUGACGAGGGCGGACGGGGUGUCCCCGAGGACUUGCUGUUCUUCCACGAACACCUGAGGAAGGGCGGCGGGCUCGUCCGCGUGGACCAGAGCCUGCUUCUCUACCGCUACCACCCCGGCGCGGCCACACACUCCAUCCUCGAGACCACCAUCUGGACCCACCGCGUCCGCUUCCUGGAAGAGUGGGCCCUGCCCCACUGGGCAACCUUCACCAUCUGGAAUGCGGGCCGGCAGGGCCGCCGGCUCUACCGCAGCCUGACGGCAGGGUCACGGUGCAAGGUGGUCGCCUUCUGCGAUGUGGACGAGAACAAGAUCAAGAAGGGCUUCUACUGCUACGAGGACUCUCAGGAAAGGCCCAAGCCCCGGGUCCCGGUCCUGCACUUCCGAGCCGCACAGCCACCCUUUGUCAUCUGCGUGAAGCUGGACCUCACAGGGGGCGCAUUUGAAGACAAUCUGAGGUCGCUGCACCUGCAGGAGGGCCGGGAUUUCCUUCACUUCAGCUGACAGACCCAUGGCAGCUGCUCCCAGCUGUACUAGCUUCAGUCCAGCCGAGGCGAAUGGUUUUCUCUCAGCUCGAUGAGGAUCUCAUUCCAGUGUUAAGUCCACUGUUGCCAUCCAAGAGGGGCAGCUGCCCGGACCACCCAGUCUCCCAGCAGUUCUGCUGCAACGUGUCCAGACGUGAGCUUGUCCUGUUUGGGAUCUUGCUUCUAUCACCAAGUAUGUGGCACCGUCUCCCGAGACCCCAGCUGCACACAGGGCAGGUUCUCUGGUGUCUCUUGACUUUGUUUUCAUAUUUGCCAGUUGUUUUUCUGGAUAAAACUCCUUCAGAUCUUCCAGUUUCCCAAUUCUCUCUUCAGCCAUGUCUAGGUGGUUGUUUAAUUCAUCCAUUGAGCCUUUUCCCCCCUAAUUUCCUCUUGAUAAUUUCUAACCCUUUUCAAAACUGAAUUCAUUUUAUAUUUUGUGUCUUUUGGGGUCUGGUUUUAUUAAGGUCUUGCUAAUGGUGCCUUGUUUCUUUGUGCAUUUUGUGCAAUUUGGGGAUGUGAGCUUAUGUUCUUCUCUCUGUAGGGCUCAGCCUGCGUCCUUCCAGAGAGGGUUUUGUUUGCCUCCUCUGCCCAGUGUCUGUCAGCACCACUGGUUGGGGGCCAUUGUGAUCACAUUCCUCUCCACUAGCACUGGGCAGAGACCAAGACAGAUGUGCUCCUGUGGGGACCUACUUCUCACUCUCCUUGCUGCUGAGGGUACAGCUAUUUAGGGCCCCAGCUGUAUGUGGGGUCUGCUACGAGAUUUGGCCCUGGGCCUUAUGCUGUCACAUCCACACUUCCCAGCCAGCCUCCAGGGCUCAGCAGACAUGGAUCCUGGGGACGCCAGGGACCUGCUCACUGGGAUGGUUCACUCUGUGUCUGGGACAUGGCCAUGUGCUCACGGCCACACCGCUGCCCUCACGUAUCCUGUUUCAGGCACGAGGCUCCUUGCGGCUCUUCAGACCCACCCACCUCACUCCCACUGGGGCCACAGGUGCCCUUCUCUGCCCCUGGGGGGGUGUCUCCUGACCACUCCCUCUACCAGGUGGCAGCCCAGCACUGUCCACCCACCCCGAAUUGCUUCAGACCACUGCUUUCCACGAUGUCCACCUCUGCUGUUGUCUGCUUCUGGCCACGUCGUCAGUCAUGAGGGGCGACUCCCCACAAAGCUGUCACCUGGACCCAGAUGGGCUCCAAAUGAAGGAGGAGGUUCCCAGCCACCAGGUGCCUGAUGAGAACAGGUGCUGACCAGUAGGAUCUGACAUGGCCGAAGGUGUGCAGGGGCAGCUGGACACUGCCGGCUUUGUUGGUUUUCCUCGGGUUGCAAAGGUAGACCAGCAACGGAAGAAGAAUUGCUUCAUGACACAGUAUCAUCAAUGUGGUAAACUGGCCUGUCUCCACGUCUCAGAGACCAUGACUCUGGAAUCUUGGUGUUUUUUAAAAAUUAUGCUAAAAACAUUUCAUUUUAUUCCUUCUCAAAAGCUCCUUGUUUGGUUUUCUCAGCCAAGGUCUAGGUGCUGCUCUGUGGACCCUGCCUGCUGCAGCGAUACAAGUGGGGCCUCCUGUCGCCACCCUGCAGGACCACGUGACAACGUCCACCAGCUAUGGGGCCUCUGGCUGUUCUUCCAUUGAAAAUGGAAAACUCUCUACUUAUUUUCAAGAGGAGACAUGUUUUAAGGCUUAAAUGAAAUUAAAGUUAAAACCUCACGCAAGACUAACAUGGGCUUCCACUCUCAGGGAAGGUCAGCGAUCCUGGCAUGUCCACUGGCUCAACUGGAGCAGGAGAAACUCACUUAGCAAAGGCAGCAGGAAAACACGUCUCAGGAUUGUACCAACAACACCUACCGUGGCCUCCAGCCGUGGACCCGUGGGCGCGCACAUCCCAGGCGAGGCAGUCUGUCCCGUGGCCCAGGUGCAGGAACACUGUCCUGGGCCCGUGGCUGGACGACUUCACCUCAGAUGUUCUACUUGCCCGUCCACAUCUGUCCUGCAUCCAGACCUCAACCCGUGAAGCAGCAGGUGGAAGGGUGGGGAUGGACCAGGAGCCUGCCACACAAAGGCUCCCGCAGGAGGUGGCCUGACCCCUCAGCACUGAGACUGGCCAUGCAGGUGCUCAAGUGGGGAACCUUUACACACAUCGGCCUCACUGGCCCCUGGACAGGCCAGCAUGAGUGCCAGCCCAUGUGGACAAAAGCAGCCUGUCUUUGCUUCAGAAACCCUGAGUGUGUACCCCAUUCUGGACAAAUGAAAAAAAAGGUUCAGACAAUGUGGUUCUUCUCCCAUCACCAGAGAACCACUUCCUGGAGGCCACAUGUCGGCAGAUCUAUGAAGCCACUGACCGUGCCCUGCUUCCGUUGAGGGUUUGAGCUGCUGUCACAAGUCCCCUGUGUGGCUGAACUGGUCCUGGUGGGAUUCUGAGAACACCGGUUGGCUCUUUCUGACUGAAUGAAACUGCACGAGGGCAGGUGACGUGCGUGCGACCGCCAUGCGCGCUGGGCACUAGAAUGGGGUGAGGAAGGAAGACAGCCCCCACCCGCGCUGCAAGAGAGACCCGGAGGCGGCGCUCAACGGCACCCACCCCCACCCCGAGGCAUGGCACCUUCUCUGCCCCUGCAGCAUCUGACAUGUAACGUGAGUCACUCAGAGCUUGUGAGCGGCUACGAGCAAGCCCAACAAGGCCAUGGUGGACGUGGCGACAGGACAGCACACGGGAGGCUGCAACCGGCCUGUCCCCCCCGGGGCCACCCCUCCCAGCGGGUCUCGGUGCCGGAGCCUACAACCCCCUCUGGUUCCAGCUCCCCCACCGGCACCAGUGUCAGGCACAGGCAGAUACAGAGCUGCUCAGCACGUGAUUUUAUAAGUAAGACACAGGUUAGAGAUAGGACAAAUGCACCAACAGCCCAGGUCACUGUGGCACAGGAUGCAUGGAAGGAAAUGCCACCUCCAGGUGACGAACUCCAGGUCCCUCACACGCACCAGCCAGACCGCCGCCGUCCGUCCAGGUCUUCCAUGCCGACCAUGCCCGGGCUCCUCCUCCCAGGCAGGCAGAGGCAAGGACUCAGCUUCCCGGACUGGCCUCAGCGGACACUGGGCUGCGGAGGACACAUGACAGGGUCAGGCCGGUCAGCGCCGUCUCCCCAGCCCUCCCUGGGUCACGCUUCCUGCAGGAAACUGCAUCUGUGCCGCUUCCCCGAACGUGCCAGGAGCCCCGUUGCCAACAUAACCUCUGGGCAGCAAGCAGGUGGGGAGGGUGACUAUACUGUUCCCCCAACUUCACCCAUCUGUGCGAUAUUUUCCUAAUGUAGAAAGCACGUUUCCUUAGGAAGCCAGUGUUGUGUGUGGCCGUCACACAAGGAGAGGGGAGAGUUGACACUUGGCCUGCCAUCCCUGUCACCUACAGUGUCACCUGGGGGCCGACCAGAGCUGCCCUCAGCCCGCAUCUGAGGGGGUCCUGCAGGGGCCCCAGAGAAGGGCCAGGCAAGGCAGACACUAGUACAGCAUGAUCGGGGGGGAGGAAAGGGGGAAAAAGACAUCACCUCAGAAAUAACUUAGCCACAAGGAGAACAGAGAGUUAAGAGCACAGUGAAGAACUGAAGGACAAUGAAGAGAGAGGCGGCUGAACGGAAGGCAGGCCAUGACCAUCUGGGCCCUGGGAAGGAAGGGCACCGCAGCCAGAGCCCUCCGCCCGGUGCCGCCCGUCCUGACUGCCGUACGUGGGGAAGGAAUGCUGUCCUGAUGGGCAGUCACUAACAAACAGCAGGAAAACUGCAGGAAGUUAACAGAAAGGGAAGUGAAAUGGUAAAAAUGUCGUUAACCGGGCUUCCCUGGUGGCGCAGUGGUUGAGGGUCCGCCUGCCGAUGCAGUGGACGCGGGUUCGUGCCUCGGUCCGGGAAGAUCCCACAUGCCACGGAGCGGCUGGGCCCGUGAGCCAUGGCCGCUGAGCCUGCGCGUCUGGAGCCUGUGCUCCGCAAUGGGAGAGGCCACAACAGUGAGAGGCCCGCGUACCGCAAAAAAAAAAAAAAGUCGUUAACCAAUCCAAACAAAGACAAGAAAGGAGCAAAGAAACAAACAGGGUUGAACAGAAAAUGGAAAGAUGGCAAACGAACCCAGCAAAUCCAAACUCACACAUUAAAUGUAAGUGGACAAAACACUCCAAUUACCAAAAACGGUUAAACUGGAUUAAAAAGAGAUGAGGCCUAUCUACUGUUCAUAAGAAACACAUUUAAAUGUAGGAACACAGAAAUUGAAAGUGAAAUGAUUAAAAAAGAUAAACUACAUAAACACUGAUCAAAAACUGCGCUGUGGCUCUAUUAACACGAGACAAAGGGACUUCAGCCCCUCCUGUGGUUUCCCUGAGGAUGAGAACAAGAACCGGGAGGGGCUCUGCCUGGGACCUGCUGCUGCAGCAAACACCCUGUGCUCUGGUUACUUAGCUCCUGUUCCCCCAACAAGGCUGCCUUCAACAAAAAAGUACAAAAUACAACAAGAGGCAAGAAAAAGCAGUCUGAAGAGACAGUGCAAAUGUAAGAACCAGACUCAGAAAUGGCAGAGACGUUGGAACUGUCAGACCAGGAAUUUGAAACAGCUGUGAUUAAUAUGCCAAGGACCCUAGUGGACAAAGUGGCACCACGCAGGGACAGACAAUGUAAGCAGCGGUGGAAGCGCUGGAGACCACAAACACUGUAACUGAAACGGAUGCCUCGGACGGGCUUGUCCUAAGACCAGAUGUGGCCAAGGAAACAAUCAGUGAACUUGAAGACAGGUCAACAGAAACUUCCCAAACUGAAAGGCAAAGAGAAACAAAAAUGAAAAAAAAAAAAAAAGAAUAUCCAAGAACCGUGGGACAGUUACAGAAAGAUGUGCAACAUCUCUGCUCCAAAAACCAUAAAACACUGAGGGGGUCCAUGCAUGGACACACCAUGUUCAUGGUCAGAAGACUCAGAGCAGAGACAUGACUUCUCACCAAAUCGACCUUCAGGCUGCAGGCAACCUUGGCCAAACUCCUGAAGCACAAACUGAAAAGUUGAUUCUACAGGUGGGGUGGGAACCCAAUGGCCAGGAAGAGAAGACAAUCAUGGAGAAAAAAGGACCACAGGAUUGAGACAACUGGGCACUGUGACCCACUGUGAGACCUAAACCCUGCCUGCAUCUCUAGGACUGAGACCUACAUCUGUAUCUGUAGGACAGGCUGCGCUGGCUCACGGAUGGACAGAGAGACCCAGAGAACAGACAGUCCAAGAGUAGAGCCACAUGUGUGGCCUGACGACACGACGUAGCGAGAAGGGAGCUGGGUCAGCUAGAUCGUGAGUCCAAACGUAAAAGGUAAAACAGUAAAGCUUUUAGAAAGAAACAGAGAAUGUCAACCUGGAGGAGAUCAAGAUACCCCAAACAGGACCACGUUAGGUCUAAGGACAAGAAGGCCAUCCCUGGAGGAGAGGACAUUGGCAGGACGUGCGUCCAGAACAAGGUCCCUGAAGACAAAGUAUAAAAAGACGGACAACCCGGAGAGAACAUGAAAGAUCUGACACAUGACGAAAGACAAUGUCCAAAUGGCUCAGAUCUCAGAAAAGGUGGUCACACUCCCGUCACCAGGGAAACCAGGGGGCCUACAUCCUGGAGCUGCCACAGUGGCGCUAAGCACACACGUUGCCAGGGAGCACCCAUCACUUUGGAAUCUGCUUGUCAGCAUUUCCCACCGUGAGUCCUCUGCCAGGUGAGUCCACCGGAAAUGGGAACCAGUGACCCCCGCAGCCUGAGGCUCACGUCGGGGGUGUUCAGGGCAGGCAGCUGGGUGCGUGGAGACCUAGAACCACGCACUACAACCGCCAUGCACUUCUGCCCGGACGUCCUUCCUCAACAGGAAGCUCUGAAACAGCCUCUCCAGAGCGAGGGUUCAAACCCAAGGCCAGAGGGACACAGCUGAUGGGAACAGGAGGAGGGCACGCCCACUCGCCAGGACCACAGUCCGUGUUGCUGUGACCCACUCCAGCUCCUGCAGGACCCACAGACUGACGACAGACCGAAUUCUGAUUCUCUGCCAAGAACACACAAAACACAAAAAGUCUCAAGUCUCCCACAACCUGCAAGAACAGCUUGUGGCCCUCGAGCUCAGAAAACCGCAGCUACAACGCACACACCACACUUGCCGUGGAGGACGGCAACUUCAGCAGACACCAGCCGGCCCUGGGCGGCCCUGGAGGUGACAAAGUCCCAAGUGGGAUGGGUGUCCUGGGGGCAACCGACACGGCGGAAGGCUGCUAUGCUGCUCUGAGGGUGAGAGAGGCCAGGGCGCUCGGCAGAGGACUGGUCCUGGGUGCCAUGCUCCACAGGACACACGUGAGACGUGCCUGGCCGGAGAGAGCGUGCUGGCGGGGGCGGGGCAGGGGACAGGGCAAGCGGGAGCAGCAGCAGAAACACUGCCCCAUCGCUUGGGGUGCCCCCAGGCUCAGCCCACAGGGAGGAGCUGGCAGUGGGCACACAGUCUGGCUUGCAGGGUGAGGUUGGGGGCAGGUGGGAGAGGAGAGUGGAGGCCUCAGCUCUGCUCCCGUCCCACGGCCCUGCCAGGGCCGCCUCCCUGGGGUCCUGAAAGCCCUACGUGGACCGUGACAUGGAAAGCGAGGCAGGCAGCAUGGCCUGGAAUGUUCUAGACCCUGGAAUUCAAGGAGGGAGCUUGUUGGAGCUGCAUUUGGAGGCCUCACAAAGAAGGGGCCCCGGGGAAAUCAGUGAAGUUGGAGCACACCCUCACAGCAUACACAAAAACAAACUCAGAAUGGUUUAAAGACUUAAACAUAAGACACGACACCGUAACACUCCUAGGAGAGAGGAUAGGCAAAACAUUCUCUGACAUAAAUUGUACCAAUGUUUUCUUAGGUCAGUCUCCCAAGGCAACAAAUAAAAAAAAAAAUAAACAAAU